AUGCCUGUCAUCUUAAGAGUUGCUGUCUUCCUGCCCUGGUGUCUGGGCUUUCCACUGCCUCCUGCCAAAGACCUUGAAGGAUGGGACUUUGUUAAGGAUUAUUUCCAUGGAUUUUUUCUGUCCAAGAAGGAGUUGGCACUUCUUACCCUGGAGACACAGACACAGUUCCUGCAGCAAUUCCAUCCAAAUGCGACAGACUUAUUAGCUCCUCAGAUGACUGCUUUGCUGCGCCAGCCACACUGUGGGGGGCCUGAUGGGGCAAACUCCUCCAACUCCUCAAGAAAGUCUAAAUGGAAUAAGCACAUGCUGACUUACAGGAUCAUCAACUAUCCACGUGACAUGAAGCCAUCCACAGUGAAACGCAUUAUACUUAAAGUGGUUUCCAUUUGGAGCAAUGUGACCCUCUUGAUCUUUCAGCAAGUACAGAGUGAAAAUGCAGAUAUCAAGAUAUCUUUCUGGAAGGGAGCACAUGGUGAUGACUGGCCCUUUGAUGGACCAGGUGGUGUCUUAGGCCAUGCUUUUUUGCCAAAUUCUGGAAAAUCAGGAGUUGUUCAUUUUGACAAGUGCGAACAUUGGUCAGUUUCAAACACAGGAUUUAAUCUGUUCCUGGUUGCAAUUCAUGAAUUAGGUCAUUCUUUGGGACUGCAGCACUCAAAGAACAGGAGGUCCAUCAUGUACUCUGCUUAUCGGUAUCGCAACCCUAGAACCUUCCGCCUCAGUGUGGAUGAUAUCAAAAAAAUCCAGCAACAGUACAGUCAGUGUCUCCUAGAGGAAAAGAAGGGGAUCUAG